UAAAGGAAAUGGUUGGAGAGAAGAUUUACAGCACUAUGAACGAAACCUCGAAGAAAUGACCUCUGUGAAUUUGGAUCAGAAUUUCAAAGAAGAAUUGCAACACGUAGAUCAGUGGUUUCGAUUUCUUUCUGAAACAGAGCGUACAGCAACUAUCUAUACACUCUUACAGCACUCGUCACAAGUGCAAUUACGAUUUUUCAUAAGCAUAUUGCAGCAGCUGAUGAAACGUGAUCCGCUCUACUCAUAUCUGACGCCUGCCAAUCCUGAACAAGGUUCGUCUUGUAAGGGAAUUAAUCGUAUCUCCCUCUCUCUCUCUCUCUAUCUCUACUGUAUAUGGUUUACAUCUUUAAUGUGUCAAAAAAACUUAGAUAUGCAGUCGCAACUGGCGGGCGCAGUUGCCAAAAUGGAACUAGAGGCAAACCAACGUCUACGAGCCGCAGCGACGAUCCGUCGACCACCUAGCGCCGGAAAUGACAGGCGUAACCUUGACAACCGACAUUCGUUUGCAUUGGGCGAUACAGAAGACUAUAGCCGCUUGUUUGGGUCCAUGGGAAGCAACAGCAGCUCAAUGUUGAACCUUAACGGUGGUGGUGGUGGGGCUGGUACAGCCACUAGCGCUGCUGGCGUUAGCACCAGUAAUAGCAGCAUGAUGGACGACUUUGGGCGGGCCCCGAUCCCUCGCGCACCAACGACCCGUAGCAGCCUCUUUGCUAACCGGAGCCGGCCCCGAUCGGUGAUUGAAGGCGACUCCUCGCUCUUAUUCCCGCAUGCGACAAAUAUUGGUGGUUCCAGCAACAGCAACUGGUUACAACCGCCACGUUCUUCACUGAGUGGAGGAGGAAGCAGAAGUGGUAGUAGACUUAGUAUGGCCGCUGAGCGGCCGAAAUCUGCUGACGUAUCCAUGUGGGCCUUACCAUCAUUCGAUCAUGAAGAAAACAGAAAACAACGCGCUGCUGCUGCCGCUGCUGCAGCAGCAGCUGUUGGUGCUACCACCAAUAGCUGGGGCGUGCCAUCCACUGUUCAAUUUGCAGAUUUAUCUCCGAGAGAUGAUUGGACUACCACUCACCGUCGCGCAGGUCGCAGUAAUAAUAACAACAAUAAUAUACCUGGCACUGUUCCCGAAACAGACGAACGAACUUCGAGUUCGGCUGCUGUGGAUUCGGCCAACUUGGUUUUGUCCGGUUUCAAUGACUCACAUUCCCCUGUGCCCUCUGUAUCUGCGUCUGCUCCAUUCAACACCCGUCGAUCCACGCACCACAACCAUCAUCACCAUUUGGCUCCGCCCGGUAUGGAAAAGCAUUAUGGCCAAUUUUUGAACCCUGCCGAUGCAACAACAACAGCUUUUGGUGGUGGCAUCGACGAUCAUGAUUACCUAAGUGAUCAUAGUGAAGCCUCUAACGUCUCGGCAGAUCGUGGUGGCUAUAAUAAGCGUCGUGGUACUGGUCUAGGGAAGUCUCCCGCACCUUCGUCGUCGGGAAGUAGAACGCCCAAAGAUGGCAGCAGCUACAACAGCAACAAAAAGGCAUCCGAAACGGUGAAUUUGGAGUUAUUGGAAGACGUGCCUGCGUUCUUCAGAAGUCUUAGGUUACAUAAGUAUAAUGCGAUCUUCGAACCAAUGAAGUGGCAAGAUAUCGUCAAGUUGUCCGAUGAGGAUCUGCAGGCCAAGGGAGUUGCCGCACUAGGCGCGAGACGCAAAAUGCUUAAAGUUUUUGAGAACAUCAGAGCGCAUUGCGAUGCGAAUAAUAUCAAGUACUGAUCGACUUUGUCGACAUAUAACAACACUACCACUUUAUAUAAUUUUUUGAUUUGAAUAA